GCCAAAUAGAUAUCUAAUUAAAAAGAUGGACAUGGUCAAGUUCUUUCAUAUGAAUGGUGGAAUCGGAGAGGCAAGUUACUCUAGUAACUCAGGACUUCAGAGAAUGGGAAUAAUGAAAACGAAAGGAGUAAUAGAACAAGCAAUAAGCGACUUGUGUCACAACAAUGUCAACUUUCCCAAAACACUAGUUAUGGCGGAUCUUGGAUGUUCAUCGGGACCAAACACGCUUCUUGUGGGAUCCAUGGUCAUCAAUGCAGUCGCCAAGACUAGCCUUGAAAUGGGCUAUAAAUCUCCUGAACUUCAAAUCAACUUAAACGAUCUGCCAACCAAUGAUUUCAAUACCGUUUUCAUUGCAUUGCAAGAACUCCAACUCCAAGGAAACACAACCGACGGAAAAAUGAGGGAUGUGCAAUACCAUCAGCCGGUAUGCUACUUCUCUGGAGUUCCUGGAUCAUUUUUUGGCAGGCUUUUCCCUAUGAAAAGUCUGAAUUUCGUCCACUCUUCGUAUAGUCUUCAAUGGUUGUCACAGCUUCCAGAUUUAGAAGAGAUCAACAAGGGGAAUAUAUACUUAUCCAGCACAACACCGGAGAGUGUAAGUAGGGCCUACUUUGAACAAUUUCAAAAGGAUUUCUUGGGCUUUUUGAGGUGCCGGUCAGAGGAGGUGAUGGCCGGCGGGCGGAUGGUCUUGACACUAGCCGGUAGGACAACUGAUGAUCCUCGCGGUGAAGAAAGUUAUUACCUUUGGAGGCCGUUCGCUAUGGCUCUUAAAGACAUGGUUCUUGAGGGCCUUGUAGAAGAAGAGAAGUUCGAUUCGUUCAACCUUCCUCAGUACACAGCAUCUCCUACAGAGAUCAUGAACUUGGUGAAGAUGGAAGGUUCCUUCACAAUCGAUCACCUAGAGAUUUUCGAUGUAAACUGGGAGGCAUGGAAGCGAAAGAAAAAUGCUAAUGAUACAUUAGAAUCGACGGAAACAGGUGAUGGUGUAGGACAAGGUGUGGCAAAAGCUAUUAGAGCUGGGAUUGAGCCAUUGGUUGCUAAUCACUUUGGUGAAGCAAUACUAGAUGAUGUUUUCAUGAGGUAUGGCCAAAUUCUAACUGGAAGAAAGUCCAAGAAGGAUAAUCAAGCAAUUGUGUCGAUCACGGUCUCUUUAACUAGAAAAAUGUGAUAUUUUUCGGAACUCUUGUUGUUCAUCUGUCAUGUAUUUUGAUAUUCAUGUCUAAUUAUGAAUUCAGAACUCUUGUUGUUCA